AUGGGCACGUCCGGAUGUGGUCGCGCCUGGGGCGCUCUCCCCCGGCUGCUGCUGCUUCUGCUCGGAGCCAGCUUGCUCUUGGUGGCGCUCGCGGUCCCCCGGGGCCUGGCGCACUCAACUUCCACGUCGGGCUCGGCUCCGCACGACUGCAACACCCCCCCGAAGCCGGUCCGGCGGUUCUUCAGCCGGAGCCUGCCCGCCUGGCAGGACCCCUUCCGCAAGUAUCGCAUUUCCUACUACGAGCGGGUUCUCCGAGGCGAGAUCCCGGCGGCGCCGACACUGCCGCCGCUCUUCGAGACCGAUGACGGCCACGACUCGGAGGCCGCCAGUCGCCAGCCCUCCGGCAGCGGUGGUUCUGCCUCGGGGGCCCGGCCAGACUCCGGUCCCCGGCCGCCGGCCCCGGCGCCGGAGAAGCCCCGCGCGCCGGCACCUUGCCCGCUGCUGAUCGCCUGCAGUGCCUGCACCCCGAGCAUGAUGGAGCACCCUCAGUGCAUGCCCACCGGCUAUGUGUCCUCCUACGACUGCCCCACGGGCCUGGUCCUGCGGCCGUGCGAGAAGCCGGGCAAAUUCCGCCGGGUGUCGUACAUCGUGUUCCUGCUCGUCGCCGGGGUGGGGUUCCUCCUGGCGCUGGCCUUCCUGCGCAUCCGCCGGCGCAAGCACCGGUCUGCCCUGGACCGAGUGAUGAAGCUGUAG